AUGGCCUCUAUUCGCGUUCUUUCCUUCGAUGCUGAGGGCCGUCCCGUGCAGUUCACUUCCUGGCUCGAUGACCUGCAGUUGUAUCUUAUGAGCAAUAGCACGGACCACAUCUCCCUCUAUGACUACGCGUCUGGUGCUGCCGCUGCUCCUGCUGCCACAGCCGAGCUUAGUGUACGUUCACAGUGGCAGACUCGUGACGCUGCAGCUCGCCUGGCUAUUCGCAGUCACCUGCCGUUCCUCGAGCUAGAGCACUUUGGCGACUGCAAAACCGCUAAAGCCCUAUACGACGCUGUCGUUGCUCGCUACUCCUCACCUGCCACAGCCGAGCUUAGCCGUCUCAUGCUGCCUUACCUGUUCCCUGACCUGUCCACCUUUGCUACAGUCGCCGAUCUUAUCACCCACCUUCGCACUAGUGAUGCUCGCCUGCGUGCCGCCCUUCCCACCGAGUUCUGCGCUAAGAACCCCCCUCCCCUGUACUGGGCACUCCACUUCAUAGUCACCCAUCUCCCUGACACCCUCAGCUCAGUGCUGCUCGCGGCGCUCCUCGCACCCCCAUCUUUGAGGGAUGCUCUCCCUCUCCCCUCGCUCCCUCCUAUGCUACUGCUGCUGCUGUUGACUUCCUUGGUGCUGAGACUGCUGGCGCUGCUUCUGCUGCUGCUCCUGUGGAGGCGCCGCACCGGCAAGGGCAAGGGGGGCAAGGGUGGCGGGGGUGGCGCUGGGGGGGGAGGGGGUGGGGGAGGUGGGGGGGGAGGCGGUGCUGGAGGGAGCGGUGGCGGGAGUGCCGGUGGGAGUGGGGCCGGCGGCGGAGGCGGGGGCGGCGGCGGGAGCAGUGGCGGUGGUGGCAGCGGCGGCAGUGGCGGCGGUGGCGGUAGUGGCGGUGGCGGUGGCGGUGGUGGCGGUCGGAGCGGAGGUAGUGGCGGCGGUGGAGGUCGGAGUGGAGGCACAGGCUCGGGCCAGAGCUCCCAGCAGCAGCAGCGUCCCCAGUCGACCCAGCAGCUUCGUGAGUGGCUUGCUCAGCGUGGGACGUCGGGGGGCAGUGGCCGCUGUUCCUAUGUCAUUCGCACAGGUGAUCGCAAGGGGCAGACGUGUGGAAAGUUCCACACUCAGUACCGCUACUUUCUUCUUCCGCCUUGA